CGCGGCCGGACAAAAUCAACACACGGACUUCGCCAAGAUUUACCAUGGUUUUAUACUAGAUGAGUACGUGGAUUAUACUAUCCUCGUUCUAGUUCUAGAAGUGCUGAUGCAUGCAACUUCGUGUGAAGGCCAACUGAUCCUUGCCUCCUUGCGUAGAACAAGUCUGCUCUGCCCCUUCGUCUCUCUCCUGGCACCUGCGCUCAGGCAGAAGCAGAGGAAAAAGGCAGAAGCAGAGGAAAAAGGCAGAAGCGGAGGAAAAGCAGGGGAAACCCAGAGAGGAGAAGCGCGCGAGGGGUGAUCCAUGGCGGGGAGGACGAGGUACGACAACCCUUUCGAGGAGAGCGGUGGCGACGAGGUCAACCCUUUCGCGGACAAGGCUACAAGAGAAGCACUGGCUGCUCAAUCCGGUUAUUCCGGCGGUUCACUCUAUGCAACGCAACCACGGCCUAGUCCUCCUAGCAGCACCCGCCUUUCGCCUCUUCCUCCAGAGCCAGCUGACUUCUACAAUGACUUUGCCUCCACACACACAAACAAGGACAUGAAGAUAAUGGAGAAGGAGCUUCUGGCGAAGGAGGCUGAGUUAAGCAGGCGAGAGAAGGAAAUUAGAAGAAGGGAAGAAGCUGCAGCACGAGCUGGCGUUGUCAUAGAAGAGAAAAAUUGGCCUCCAUUUUUUCCCAUCAUUCAUCAUGAUAUCAAUAAUGAGAUACCCGUGCAUCUUCAAAGAACACAAUAUGUUGCCUUUGCAUCACUUUUGGGAUUGAUCAUUUUCCUAUUUUGGAACAUCGUCUGUGUUACCGCUGCUUGGAUUAAAGGGGAAGGUCCCAAGAUCUGGUUUCUUGCGGUCAUCUACUUUAUUCUUGGUUGCCCAGGUGCCUACUAUCUGUGGUACCGACCACUUUACCGGGCCAUGAGGAAUGAUAGUGCUUUGAAAUUUGGAUGGUUUUUUCUAUUUUACUUGGUUCAUAUUGCUUUCUGUGUGUAUGCAGCUAUUUCUCCUUCAAUUCUGUUUGUGGGAAAAUCACUAACAGGGAUUUUCCCAUCGAUCAGCUUGAUAGGGAAGAGCGUCAUAGUGGGGGUGUUCUACUUUCUUGGCUUCGCAAUGUUUUUCCUCGAGUCAUCACUAAGCAUGUGGGUCAUUCAGCGCGUGUAUCACUAUUUUCGAGGAAGUGGGAAAGAAGCACAUAUGAGGCAUGAGGCAGCACGCGCCACAGCUAGGGCAGCAUUUUGAUACUGAAAAAUGAUGCAUACAUCGAUAUGGUUUUACUGUCACAACUUCUAAAUUUAGAGGCUUGUAAGUUAACUGGCAUGUAGGACUUUGGUUGUCCUAUGUAGAAGUUUAUGUACUUGUUUUAGAUUUGUCCCCAGUUUUAGACUCUUAUCAAGCUAUACAUAUAAAGUGUGGGAUUAUUUUUCUGAA